AUGGACUUCGAGAGCCUUCUGUCGCGCGUCUGGAAAGCCAACCAUCCCCUCCACAGACUUGGCCAAGGAUUUUCCGUACUGGACAGUUUCGACUCGUCACCAAAGUCGUCUGAUCUCCAACUGGCUUUGCGCGGACUAAGUUUAUAUACCCUCGCCGUGGACGACUAUCUUGCUGCACGGUCCGUGGCACCGAGUCUAGCGGUGCUGGAAGACCUGAGAUGUUUCGUGAUGCAUGGGAUCCUAGCUCUGACCCCCCCGGAUCUUCUGAGUGACCCUUGCCCCCAACCCGGGGCGGACGAGGUCCUGUACAUCUGCCAGCUCGCCGCUCUCACAUACGGCAUGCUCUGCAUCUUCCCACUCCCCGCAGCUCCCUUCGAGCUUCUGGCCAACCGCAUCAAGCAGUCCCUGUCGCGACACGACUUCACCAAAGCAUGGGCCGAAGCGCCGCGUCUCAUGUUGUGGAUCACCUUCGUCGCCGCCAUUGCUUCGUCGGGCCUGACCAACAACGUCACGAGGUCCUGGUUCGUGUGCACGAUCGGUCGCUGCCUCCGGAAGUUGCGGAUCGAGUCCUGGACCGCGCUCAAGGACGACGUCCUGCUUGAGUUCUUGUGGCUGCCUGCCACGAACGACGCCGACGGGAUCGACCUGUGGGCCGAGAUCGUCGAAGCCUCCACUUCCUUUGUCGUAGGCGGCGGCUGUGUGAGCUGA